AAACUCGCGCCGCCCCGCCCCCGGCACCGCCCCCUCCCCCUCCCGUGAGGCCAGCCGGGGCGGCGACCUGAACCGCUCGGAGAAACGCGAGGGAGGCUGCUGCGGGAACGGCCGUCCGCGCGCACCCGCUCCCGCCCAGCCCAGCCCGGCACAGAAGCCGACGCCCGCCUCGUGGAGCCCGACGCCCUCACUCCGGGCAGCGGCUCUCCAGGGCCAGGCCGCGCGUGCGCCAGGCGGCCGUUCGCCACUAUCCAAACGGGGCCGGGAAGAGCAGCUGCGCCCCAGGCAACCAGGGACCCCCAGGAUCCCAGCCUUGCCCGACGGGCCCGCGGCCGCGAUGCCGGAUGAGCUGACCGAGCCCGGGCGCGCCACACCAGCUCGCGCCUCCUCCUUCCUCAUCGAGAACCUGCUAGCAGCCGAGGCCAAGGGCGCGGGGCGCUCAACCCAGGGCGAUGGCGUCCGCGAGGAAGAGGAAGAGGACGACGACGACCCCGAGGACGAGGAUCCGGAGCAGGCGCGACGACGACUACAGCGGCGGCGACAGCAGCGCGCGGGCAGCGGGCCGGGCGGGGAGGCGAGGGCCCGGGCACUGGGCCUAGGGCCCCGGCCGCCUCCUGGGCCCGGCCCGCCCUUCGCGCUCGGCUGCGGAGCAAGCGACCGGGACUCUCCGGAGACCGGCGAGGAGAUGGGCCGCGCAGAGAGCGCCUGGCCGCGGUGCCCCGGGCCGGGAACCGUUCCGCGGGAGGUGACGACGCAGGGCCCGGCGACCGGCGGGGAGGAGGCGGCGGAGUUGGCCGAGGCUCCAGCGGUGGCGGCGGCGGCGACAGGGGAGGCGCGCGGUGGCCGCAGGAAGAAGACGCGCACGGUCUUCUCGCGCAGCCAGGUCUUCCAGCUCGAGUCCACUUUCGAUCUGAAGCGCUACCUGAGCAGCGCAGAGCGCGCGGGCCUCGCCGCCUCGCUGCAGCUCACGGAGACGCAGGUCAAGAUCUGGUUUCAGAACCGCCGCAACAAGUGGAAGCGGCAGCUGGCAGCGGAGCUGGAGGCGGCCAGCCUGUCCCCGCCGGGUGCGCAGCGCCUGGUCCGCGUGCCGGUGCUCUACCACGAGAGUCCCCCGGCCGCCGCGGGGCCCGCGCUGCCUUUCCCGCUGGCGCCGCCCGCACCCGCACCGCCGCCGCCGCUGCUUGGUUUCUCGGGCGCGCUUGCUUACCCGCUUGCCGCCUUCCCUGCCGCCGCCUCGGUGCCCUUCCUUCGCGCGCAGAUGCCGGGGCUAGUGUGAGCCGGCGCCCUCCAUGUAGGAGGCGGUUGGGGGAAGGCGCCGCGCACCUCGCAGUCCCUCGAGCGGCCGUCUCCGUGGGCAGCUGCUCUACAGUGUACCGGACAGCGGCGGCAGCCGGGACUCGCAGCCAGCUGCAGGACUGGAGACCCGUUCCGAUGGAAAGCCGCGGCGAUGCGCUAGCUCUCGCCGGCACGGAGUGCUGAGCAGAUGCCGGCUCCGAGUCAGCAAACGGACACUUGGAAUGGGCUGGCCGAGGAACCGUAUGGCGACUGUCCCGAGGCAUCCUGGCCCUAAUUCACAUUGUCCUUUUCUCGGGAGGGAUCUUGCAGGAACCCAGACAUCAGGGGCCCCUUCCAAGGGACAGUACAGAGUGCUGCGGGCCUUGGGACAACUCAUCUUGGGCCUCUUUUCCGAAGAGGGCUUCUCUCUUGGCGGCCUUGGUUCUCUUGGCUUGACAAGACUUUUUUUUUUUUUUCUGUGAUAAAUCUACUUCUUUGCAUAUGGAAUAAAAAGGGACGUUUUCUUGAUGGA